AUGCGCAUGAAAGAAUUGCCUCUGGCUGCGCGCAUCUUCAUCUUCUCCGGAGAGAUCCUUUUGAUUGGCAGUAUAUCCCCGACCAUGCCGACCUCCCCGUCUUCCAUCAGCCAACCAAGUAUUCUCGCUGCAUUUCCUAUGGCUCCAUUUCAGGAACACCUGGUGAUACGCAAACCUGGAACUAGGCUGUGA